CUUCACUCUCCACUGUCUUGGAUUUCAACUGAAGCAGACUGGGCUUGAUAAUCACUCUCACACCAUCAGGGCGAGAGUUUCGGCACAUGCAGGAUCAGCAGAACUAUUAUUGGCUCUGCUGGAACUACAUUGAAAUUCCCAGUUCCGAGAUUCCUGUUUCUCCUGUCGUCAAGCCUUGAAAAAUGGCUUCGCUUGUUCGUGCUCUUGGCAGCCGAGCCGGAGCUUCCUUGAGGGUUCGAUCAGCAGUCCCUUACAGAUCGUUCUCGAACACCACUAACCCAGCGGCGUCGUCAGAAGAGGAGCAGUUGCCGUUUGAGCAGGCCACGAUUGCAGACAUCUUGAGGGCUAAAGGAGCUGGCAACGACGGCUCCUGGCUCUGGUGCACCACGGACGACACCGUCUUCGAUGCGGUGAAAUCGAUGACGAGCCACAAUGUUGGUGCGCUUCUCGUGAUGAAGCCAGACACAAGCGGAGCGAUCGCGGGAAUCGUUACAGAAAGAGAUUAUUUGAGGAAGAUCAUUAUACAGGGGAGAUCGUCAAAGACUACGAAAGUCGGCGAUAUCAUGACCGAGGAGAAUAAGCUCAUUACCCUCACACCUCAGACGAGGCUGCUCAAGGCUAUGGAGCUGAUGUCAGACAGAAGGAUUCGCCACAUUCCCGUGGUUGAAGGGCAGAAGAUGAAAGGGAUGCUCAGCAUCGGCGAUGUAGUUGCUGCCGUUGUGGAGGAGCACCGGGAGGAGGUGAAGCGGUUGAGCGAGUACAUCAAGGGUUCCUACUGAAUCCCCUCCAUUCGGUACUUUCUAAGACUCUGAAAUUGAAAAACAGCAGCUCCAGCCCCAAUCGUGGUGUUCUCAGGCCAUUGAUGGAUGAGCAGCUCGGUGGAUGAGAAACCUCUAGUGAGCAGCUUCUCCUGGUGUCGUCAGUGCAAGACUGAUGUACAUAGGUGUGGGUUGUGUUCGGAAGCUUUUAUAUUCCGAGCGCUGUUAUGCCUGCUUGCAAUUGCAACUGAGUUGUACCUGUUGGCUUGUACCAAAUUGAACCAGGAAAAUGCUAUCAGCUGACAAAAUGCUA